AGAACACAGAUUCGAACGAGAGCAAUUAUUUAGCACAAGUAUUAAAGUGGUUCAGUUUGUUGUGCUAAAGCGUUAUUUGCGAAUAAUCACCAUGGUACAAAGGCGCAUCUUGUCUGUGAUCUUCUUGGCGCUUGUUUCUUCCAAUAUGAUACAAGCAGGAGUGAUACCACAAGGAUGGUUUCAACAUGAAAAUAUUCCCAAUUUUAUAAAUCUCCUAGACAUACCCAGAAUUGGCGAGUUUUCUAAUCGUUUUGGCUUAUCAGCGGCUACUGCUCUCGACGGUCUCAAAUCGUACUUCGAAAACUUUCAUACUGGCUUAGGCGAACUAGGUAUUUUGCCCCAUAAUGGUAUACUGCAUCGUUUUUUCAAUGGAGGAAUACAACCAGGUCUUACGAAUCCGGCAAUUUUAAAUGGAGCUGCAGACGCUGUUACAAACGCUCUUGUAUCGAGAGUUGUGCCUAACACCGAUUAUCUUAGACCAGGCUUUUUUGGAAGACGUCUUUUCGGCAAUUUAGGAGGAAGAGGCCUUGGUGGUGAUCCAGCAUCCGCUGGAGCUGCUAGUGCUGCUAGUUCUGCAGCCUGAGAAUCUAAGCUUUUACUCUAAAAUAUUUAAAGUGAAAUUGUAAAAUUAUACAGUGUGUCAGUUAAUGUACAUUAUAUAUAUAAUAUUCUUAAUAUAUUUAUUGUGAUUAAAUAUAUCAAGAUUAUAAAAAUGUAACUAUAACAUGUAAUUUCAACAAUUGUCGUAAAUUACACAUGUUGAAAUUGCAAAAUUCUUGUUUAUUGACAUAAAAAAAUAAAAUAUAUUUUUAUAAUAAA